AUGCAAUCGCUGCUCGCCACCUGCUGUGCGUGUCGGGCGGCCUGGAGCCACUUUGCCCAGCGCCCCCCCCCUGCGUUCUUCCGCGGCGGAGACGCUUUGCGCGGGGGGAAUCGCCGCAUCUCACUCUUACGCUUGAUCGAGUCUGCCCUGCUGCUAUCGACGCCAAUCCGUUACAUAGAAGUUUCUUCAGAGCAUUCAGAGAGGCUCACCGGACAAGCUGGAGGCAAAUGUGUGCGUGUGGUCAUUCGUGAAUUGCGGCCUAAAGCUGAAGGUGCUGCCAUGAACCGAGGUGCUGAUAAGCCUAAUUACAUAAUAUAA